CACUGGAUUCCGAGUAGCAGUCAAUUUCUGCGGUGUACAAGCAAAUCAGAACAGCAGAAUGGUGGCUAAACAGAGGAUCCGCAUGGCAAAUGAGAAGCACAGUAAAAACAUCACACAGCGAGGGAAUGUUCCUAAAAGUUCAAGAAAGCCGCACCGAGGGCACAGGAUACAAUAGCCGACACCAGCAGACUUCCAGAAAUCAACACCAGAUGAAAAAUCAUCAGUUGGUCCCUGGCUAUUGGCACUUUUCAUUUUUGUUGUUUGUGGAUCAGCUAUCUUCCAGAUUAUCCAGAGUAUCCGAAUGGGCAUGUGAGAUGGACAAAAUUAAACUUCUGUACCUUCUAAGUGUCUUGCUGUUAAUUCCAGCUGUGAGUCUGACCAUUCCAACCCAUCUGUCUUCUAAACAAUGGAUUUUACAGGAUUAUCUUUCUGUAAUUGCUUUUGAGAAACAAUUCCAUGGUGUUGCUAAAAGUCCAGUUCAUUCCUUCAUGUCUCCUGAAGGCAAGGGUACAGUAAAAGCCAUCCAGCAAUUUGAUUUUGUAUUUUAAUCAGGGAAACAGUUUGUAAGUUCAUAUUUAAUGUGAAUAUUUUAGCAUUAUAUAUAGUAAGUGUGUAGAUUGUGAGAACCCUAUUUGUGCAUUCAGAAUUUUGUUCCCAUUUUUUCACAACCAUCAAAAUUGUAGAGAAGAUGGAUCUGCUGCCUGCCCCCUUUUGAGAUACAAAAUGUGCAUCUUUCUAAAUUAAAUUUAUAAUUCCAGAAAAGUGCCUUUUUUUGUAUAUUAAAACAUACAACCAUUUUAAGACUUGGAUGGGAAUGAUUUUUGAAGGUUAAUUGAUUUUUGGUACUUUUCAUUUGAAACGAGUGAUCUUUCUAAAGUCUUUUCGUAUCUGGAACAAAUUGUGGUCAGACUUUUUGGGGGGAAGGGAGUGACGAGUUUAAGUUUUAAUUGAACCGAGGUAUCCGGGGAUUGAAGUACCUCUAUGCUUUGAUCUAGAACUUCUCCCAUCCAUGUUGGGCAAGCACGGCUGGUUCAAAGUUGUUCAUAAGGCAGUUUCUUCUCUGUGGUAAUUGAAACAAUCAAAAUACAAUAUGCUUCUUCAUUGUCAACACUAUGGUCUGGAACUAUUGUCAAUCAUGGCAUGAUGACGUUGCCAUAUUUCUUGGCCACCUUUUGCUGCUUUGUCUUAUCAGGGCCAAUCGAUUUGUGUUUGAUUGUAAGCAACUGCAGCAUUUGUCACCCAAAUAAAUAUAUUUUUGCUUGA